AUGAAUCCGGAACAGAAUCGACGCCAAUGCGCAGUUUGCGAGGAAUCAGAGCCGUCCUUCAUCCACACCGUCAGCAACAGCGGCGUUUUCCGGCGACUCUGCACCGAUUGUUUGCUCAGGGAACAUCGGGAAAUCUUCUGCCCUGUUUGCGUCGAUCUCUUCAACGGCUGUCUUCCUCCAGACGAUGGUAUCACCUGCGUCAAUUGCCCUUCCAUCGCCCACCGCUCUUGCUCUCCUCCGCCGUCUUCCUUCGCCGCAUCCUCCUCCUCCGUUACUAGCUUCACCUGCCCGACAUGUUCCGACCCCAAUUUCUCCUUCUUCCCCAAAUCUCAUGUUCCGAGCUCGGGGAACGGCACCGAUGGCUCCGGAACGCUUCUCGAUGAGAAAUCGGCCAAGGCUCUGGUCGCAGCGUCGAAAAUCGCGGUAGUUUCCAUGACUGAUGCGGCGGCUAUGUUGAAGGAAGAAGCUGUUAAGAAGAUCCUAGAUGCUAAAAUGGCCAAGAUGAGAGCUAAAGAUGCGUUAGGGAAUCUUCAGGACAUUGUUCUUAGGCAAAAGGAUUCAGAGAAUAGUAACCCUAACAAGAGGAAGAACAGCGACCGCUGA